CACAGCGUUGAAGCAAAGCAUACCCUGCGUCUAAGGGACACUGUGCAUCUGACUGUGCAUGGCUCGCACCUCCGUGCAGCCCCUCAUAUACCCCAUCUGUGUUGGAUAGGAUUUCUCACUAGUGUUUUUCCAAGCAAUAUUAGACGAUGGAUAAUUUGUGUUUUCAUGUGACAUCUACCCGCGGUCUGAGAAGGAAACUAGUGCCAGGAAGCCACAAUGGAGCUCAGUAAGCAAGUCCGGGUUCUGUUACUCAACGACAUGGAAAAGUUGAAUAAAAGACUUUUCCGUCUGGAGCAAGGCUUCGAGCUGCAGUUUAGACUCGGCCCCACUCUGCAAGGAAAAGAUGUCACUGUGUAUUCCAACUACCCACCGCCUGGCAAAGCCUAUGACCGUCAAACCUUCCACCCGCUGCAGUGGCAUAACCCAACGGGUCGCGAGGAGGAUUCAGACAAGUACUGCAAGCUGGAUCUAAAGAUUGCUGGUUCAUUCCAGUACCAGUUCAACCAUUCAGGACAGAAGAGUGGUGAAGGUUACAUUGUAGUGGAUCCGAUCCUGAGAGUCGGGGCUGACAAUCAUGUCCUACAUCUGGACUGUAUCACCCUUCAGACCUACCUGUCCAAGUGUCUCGGGCCACUGGAUGAGUGGGAAGACAGACUGAGGGUGGCCAAGGAGUCAGGCUACAACAUGAUACAUUUCACUCCUCUUCAAACCCUGGGGAAGUCCCGCUCGUGCUACUCGCUGGCUGAUCAGCUGCAGCUCAAUCCUGAUUUCUCCAGGCCUGGGAAGACAUAUUCUUGGAGCGACGUUGGGAAGCUAGUGGACAAGAUGAAGAAUGACUGGAACGUUCUGAGUAUCACCGACGUGGUGUAUAAUCACACAGCCUCCAAUAGCAAAUGGAUUAAAGAGCACCCAGAGUGUGCGUACAAUCUGGUGAACUCGCCUCACCUCAAGCCAGCUUGGCUGCUGGACCGGGCUCUCUGGCACCUGACGUGUGACGUGGCCCAAGGGAAAUAUGCUGCUCGGGGGCUUCCAGCACUCAUCCAAACAGAUCAGCAGCUCAAUAGUAUCCGUGGUAUUAUAUGGGAGGACGUUUACCCCAAACUGAAGCUGUGGGAGUUUUAUCAGGUCAAUGUGGCCAAAGCUGUGGAGCAGUUCAGGAAGCAGCUCACCGGGGGUGGACAAAAGAAGGGUACUAGAUCUGAUCCAAAGCACUUGGUGAUAAUACAAGACCCAGAAUACAAGCGCAUGGGCUGCUCUGUAGACAUGGAUGCGGCACUCAACACUUUUAUCCCCAACAGUAAUGGGCCAGCUGCCAUUGAUGAAUGUUCUACUUGGUUCCGCAAGAGGCUUGAGGAGCUCAACGCAGAGAAACUUAGACAAGUUAACUUCCACCAUGAACAGGCAGUAAAUUGCAUUCUGGGAACCUUGACUUAUGAACGACUGGCAGGUCAUGGGCCAAAGCUUGGAGCAAUAACAAAAAAAGACCCACUAGUCACCAGCUAUUUCACUUUCCCAUUUGGAGAGAUGUCUCUGGAAGAGGAGGAGCCCAUGAUGCAUCAGCAAGACAAAGCCCGUUGCUUCAUGGCUCACAAUGGAUGGGUUAUGGGGGAUGACCCACUCAAGAACUUUGCUGGACCAGAUUCCAACGUCUAUCUCCGCAGGGAGCUGGUCUGUUGGGGGGACAGUGUGAAGCUACGGUAUGGUGACAAGCCAUCAGAUUGUCCAUACCUGUGGGAUCACAUGAGGAGGUACACAGAAAUCACUGCCAAGAACUUCCACGGAGUCCGUCUGGACAACUGCCACUCCACCCCUAUCCACGUAGCAGAGGAGAUGCUGGCCGCUGCCCGCUCAGUCAGACCCAAUCUUUAUGUGAUUGCUGAGCUCUUCACGGGCAGCGAAUACAUCGACAAUGUGUUUGUGAACCGCCUGGGGAUAACCAGCCUCAUUCGAGAGGCCAUGAGUGCCUAUAACAGUCACGAGGAGGGCCGGCUGGUGUAUCGCUAUGGAGGCGAGCCCGUAGGAUCGUUUGUCCAGCCUUGUCUCCGGCCCCUAGUUCCCAGCAUCGCCCAUGCCAUCUUCAUGGAUGUUACACAUGACAAUGAGAGUCCCAUAGAGCAUCGAUCUGCAUAUGAUUCACUACCCAGCUCUGCUAUUGUCUCUAUGGCUUGUUGUGCCACCGGAAGCACCCGUGGUUACGACGAGAUGGUGCCACAUCAGAUCUCUGUAGUUUCGGAGGAACGGUUUUACACCAAGUGGAAUCCAAAACUAACGGCUCCCAGCCCUUCAGAUGUAAAUGAGAAGAGCGGUAUAAUUGCCGGAAAGGCGGCCAUAAACAAACUUCACCGGGAGCUGGCGGCACGUGGAUUCCUGCAGGUGUAUGUGGAUCAGGUGGAUGAGGAUAUAGUAGCUGUGACUCGACAUUGCCCUCAUACUCACCAGUCGGUCGUUGCCGUGUCUAGGACGGCCUUUAGAGAUCCCAAAACCUCAUUCUACAGCAAGGAGGUCCCCCAAAUGUGCAUUCCAGGAAAGAUCGAGGAGGUGAUUCUGGAAGCAAGAACAGUGGAACAGAAAGCUGGGACCUAUGUGCAGGACUCUAAAUUCAUUAAUGGUUUGCCUCAAUACACAGUGGAGAUUCGCGAGCAUAUCCAGCUGGGCGAGAGCAAGAUUGUGAAGCAGGCUGGAAUCACCACUAAAGGGCCAAAUGAAUUUGUCCAAGAAAUAGACUUUGAGAAUUUGACCCCAGGAAGUGUGAUUAUUUUCAGAGUAAGUCUGGAUCCCGAAGCACAAAAGGCCGUGGGCAUCUUGCGGAAUCAUCUAAUCCAGUUCACUCCUCACUUCACUUCCGGCAGCCUGCAGGAUGAUCAGGCUUUUCCUAUACUGAAGGUGCCGUUUGCCAGUAUUGUCUCCAAGCUGUCUCUUGCCGACCUGAACCAAGUGUUAUACCGUUGUGACGCAGAAGAGCAAGAAGACGGGGGUGGCUGUUACAACAUCCCCAAUUGGACCCCUCUGAAAUAUGCAGGCUUGCAAGGUUUAAUGUCUGUAAUGGUGGAUAUCAGACCCAAGAAUGACCUUGGACAUCCUUUUUGCGAUAAUCUGAGGGCCGGAGAUUGGAUGAUAGAUUAUGUUAGUAAUCGACUUGUUGCCCGUGGAGGAGCAUGUGCUGAAGUGGGUAAAUGGUUUGAAGCAAUGUUCUCCUACCUGAAGCAGAUACCACGUUACCUUAUCCCUUGCUAUUUUGAUGCAAUAUUAGUUGGAGCAUACACAACACUGCUAGAUGCUGCAUGGAAGCAGAUGUCCAGCUUUGUUCAGAAUGGAUCCACCCUGGUGAAGCACUUGGCUCUCGGGUCUGUACAGAUGUGCGGAGUUGGCCGAUUCCCAUCUCUCCCAGUGCUGUCACCGUCUCUGAAGGAUGUUCCCUACCGCCUCAACAACAUCACCCAGGAGAAGGAGCAGUGCUGCCCUUCAUUAGCUGCUGGUCUCCCACAUUUCUCCUCUGGGAUUUUCCGCUGCUGGGGAAGGGACACUUUCAUAUCUUUGAGAGGUUUGCUGCUAAUUACUGGACGUCACACUGAGGCCAGGAAUAUUAUCCUUGCCUUUGCUGGGACAUUGAGACACGGACUAAUCCCCAACCUCCUGGGGCAGGGGACAUAUGCGAGAUACAACUGCCGUGAUGCCGUGUGGUGGUGGCUGCAGUGUAUACAGGACUACUGCAAUAUUGUUCCUGAUGGCUUGGCAAUCCUGCGGUGCCCCGUCUCCAGGAUUUACCCCAAGGAUGACUCUCAACCCUUGCCUGCAGGAGAAGUAGAUCAGCCCCUUUAUGAAGUCAUCCAGGAGGCCCUCCAGCGCCAUGCACAAGGAAUCAAUUUCCGAGAAAGAAAUGCCGGGCCACAGAUUGACCGGAACAUGAGGGAUGAAGGUUUUAACAUCAGCGCUGGUGUGGAUCCAGUAACUGGCUUUGUAUUCGGAGGGAACCGACUAAAUUGUGGAACAUGGAUGGAUAAAAUGGGAGAAAGUGAAAGGGCAAGGAACAAAGGAAUCCCGGCAACCCCAAGGGAUGGCUCAGCCGUAGAAAUUGUUGGCCUUAGCAAAUCCACGGUGCGCUGGCUAAAGGAGCUGAGUGAGAGAAAUGCUUAUCCAUUCAAAGGGGUCACUGUGCAGAGGGAGGGGAAAGAGGUCUUGCUGACAUUCUCAGAAUGGAACCAGCGUAUCCAGGAUCAUUUUGAAAAGGUGUUCUAUGUGUCUGAGAAUCCUUCCGACCCGGAUGAACAGCGUCCAGACCUGGUCCACAAACGCGGUAUUUACAAAGACAGCUAUGGAGCAUCAAGCCCUUGGUGUGACUAUCAACUCCGUCCAAAUUUCCCUAUUGCUAUGGUUGUGGCCCCUGAGCUGUUUACUCCGCAGAAAGCCUGGAAAGCUCUCGAGGUGGUUGAGAAGAAAUUGAUGGGACCUCUGGGAAUGAAAACACUGGAUCCAGAUGACAUGGUGUACUGUGGAGUGUACGACAAUGCUCUGGAUAAUGACAAUUAUAAUGUAGCCAAAGGAUUUAAUUACCAUCAAGGGCCGGAAUGGCUGUGGCCCAUUGGAUAUUUCCUGCGUUCCAAACUGCACUUUGCGAAGUUACUUGACCAGGAAACCUAUCAGAAGACAGUUGUUCUAGUGAAAAAUGUUCUAUCUCGUCAUUACAUACACCUGGAGAGAUCAUCCUGGAAAGGUCUUCCGGAGCUCACCAACGAGAAUGGCCAGUACUGCCCUUUCAGCUGCGAAACUCAGGCCUGGUCACUUUCUGUAGUGCUGGAAAUUCUGUAUGACUUAUAAAUGACCCUCAAAGUUAAGUGCCCACAUUUCAAUGGAUUUAAGAUGUCUUGGAAGUUUGACAGAAUUUGGAAGCAGAUGAUUAGUGCUAUUAGACGUGCCCUCCAAGGGGUAGACCUGUAAGCCGCUAAUAUGAGUGUAAUGUCAUCUACCUGCUCACAGGAUGGUGUCAACAAAACACUAAUCAUUAAUGCUUAAUAACCAACACGGAUAGAAUAUUGUUUCUUCUGCAUGUCUCCCACUGAGCAGUAAAAUCAAACAGUCUAAUGAUGUUUUUGGAUAUCCAAGCUCACUAGUUUAGAUGACAAUUUGUCAGUCUGGACACUUGAUUACAGGAUGAUGUCACAUCACCCAUUUUGCUUGGAAACGUGAUUAUUACGAGAGAGUUUGGCUCAUGUAGUUCAUUGUCUUGGGUUGGAUUGGGAUCAGAUACUUUGUCCAUGAAAACGAAGAGCAUUUUGUUCAACCUAUUGUUCUUAUUACUGUAAGUAAAGAGAUGCAUGUGCUUGAGUUGUAGUUUAGGAGUUUGCGGUGAACUUGGAAACCAGCGGGUAGAACCCUGGCCGAAGGAGGAUAUUUUCAAGCUGUGCACAUAAAUAAAUAAAUUGUUACAUAAAUAAUAUAUUACUGUCUUCCUGAUGUAGUCACCUUAGCUAGAAUAAUAUGUAAGUAUCAACACAACUUGGUGUGCUGAGAAUGUUUACUGUCGUAUGUUGUCCACUGGAUAUUUGUGCAAUACCCAAAAUAAACUGUAUGAUACUAA